CUUGUUUAGUCAGAUAAAGGAGUGAUUUUUUGUGUGCGUCUCAUUCCUACCAGCACCAGUGAGAGUUACCCAGCUUUCCCUUAAACCUAUUCAUGUUUUAGCCUGCAGAUGGACUACUACGACAAUGAGACGGAAGUCUACCUGUGCAACAUCAAGGUGGACUACAACUCCCGGCGCAUCGGCCUCUUCCUCCUCCACCUGAUCACGUUCAUGGCGGGCCUGGUGAUGAACAUGACGGUGGUGUGGGUGAACUGGCACCGCCGACACUCGCGCAACACCGUUCUCUUCUGCCUGCUCAACAUGGGCCUGGCCGACACCAUAAUAAUGCUCAUGUUGCCCAUCUACAUGCUCGAGGUGGUCCUGGACCAUGUCUGGUUGUGGGGAGACUUCCUCUGCCGCUUCUCCAACCUGGUUGUCGUGCUUAGCAUCUAUGCUAGCUGCUUCUUCCUGGCCUACAUGUCUGUAGAGCGCUACCUGGUGGUGACACGAGGCUCAGCACCCAAGACCCAAGGCCCAGGUAUGCCGGACAGGCGCAAGAGGAACAUGAUCUGCGUGGGCCUCUGGAUGUUAGCGCUGCUUUUAGCAUCACUAGAGACGGCCCAUGUGCGCAUUCUUCACUUGCAGGAACCGGGCUGUUAUUUGAUGCCAGUGCAUGCAUUCACAGCAUGGUUCACCACCAUCAUUAUCAUCCAGUCUUUAAUACAGUUUGUAGGGCCAGCAGCUAUUGUAGCUACCUUCAACGUGCUAGCGGCUCGCGCGGUGCGGGCAUGCCCUGAAGUACAGGCACGUAACGCGAGUGACGUUUGGCUGCUGCACGUGUACUCGCUUGUGUUUAUGGUGUGCUGGCUGCCUUACCAUGUGAUAAUGAUGCUCAUGAUGGUGGACACUCUGAAGCCCACCUUAUUUGACUGCAACAUGCUUGAGCAGCUUUUCUUCGCCUAUGCGGUGGUCAGGGCGACUGCUAUGCUUCACUGUUUGGCCAACCCCGUUCUCUACAGCUUCUUAAGCAGGAGCUUCCGCAGCAAACUUGUUAACCUUGUCAUGCGCCAUUUGCCACAAGAUGUCGCGUCCGUGCAAGGAACAGGUCAACAUGGGAACAGCCCCGCCCAAGGGGAGUCUACAGUGAAGGCAAGUAAUGUGGAAGAAAACAGCACCAGCCAAUCAGAUGGAUCCUAAAGGGAAUUAGAAACCAGUUGCAGUAGUAGUGAAUCUUGAACGUGCUAUCCACAGAGUAGUCUGCACAGUUUUAAACGGCUCCUUCUAUGAAAGGUGGACAGUUUGGUUUGGGUGUUAGUCUUUAUUUCACUCGUGUUGAUGGUCCCCAUCUGUUUCAGUUUUAUCUGUGAAUGUUUAUCUGGAAUAAAUACUUCCUCUAUGCUAGAUUAAAGGGCCCAUAUCCUGGAAAACUGUGCUAUUUUACAUGAGUUUGAUAUAGUAGAGCAAACACUGUUAAUGGUUCAAAACUCCUGAGUCCAUACAGUUCAUAGAGUCAUAUGCAAAGGUUUUUGCACCCCUAGUCAAAUAAAAUUUUUAAGUGACAAUAAGUGAACACAUCCUCUACAGGGAACACAUACUCGCUUAAUUUAUUUGACCAGGGGCGCCCAAACUUUUGUACAGGACUGAAUAUGAAAACAAAAGUGUAAAAACAGCCUGCUUUGCAUUCAUUCUCUGUGAUGUCACAAUAUAUCCAAUGCAUUUAUGUAUAUCUGCCUUUUCAGGCUGGAGUUAUAAGGACUGUUUAAGUCCAAACUGCUUUUUGAAUGCAGAGCAGCCAAUUAGAACAGAGCUUAUUGGCAUAUGUUCAGUGUUGGGCAAAAUACAUAACGUAGUGAUGGCUGAACACUGUGUACACUGUUGUAGAUGUAUUCAGUAACGUAUUCCAUUACAGUGCAUAAAAAAUGAACAAAUUCAGAAUACAAUUAGAAUACACUUGGAAUAAAUCUCAGUAAAGCAGAUGCAGUAAUUUUCAUUAAAUUCACACUGUUCCUUUCUGUUACAGGUUGGCAGUUAGUUUAGGUUAGUUUUUUUUAUGUAAUUCUUCUGUCAAUACAUUUAAUGAAAAAAAUCUCAACAUUACCCUCAACAUUAUUUUGGCUCUAUGAAGGACACAAUUCACCAUUUUGAUAACAAAUUCUUGCAAAUUUGACAAUAAAGUGGGUAGCUGUAAUAAGUCCAGUACACCGAUACUACACUUAUCACUGAUGAACAUCAUCGUCCAAUGUUGAGGAAACUGUUGAGGUCCAUUAUCCCUCGAAAGAGUUUAAUAAUGCUGAAAUUAAUAACUGUUUCAUCAGUCUAAGGGAUAAAGAGAGGCUGGAAAAUGGUCAUGUAAAAAUGAAUUAUGACUGGUUUUGGUACAUAAAGCUACACAACUGUUAUAAGGGGACUACACAAAAAUGUAGGGUAUGGGCCCUUUAAAGCCACAAGGUUGACAUGGCAAACCUGACAUCCCUCUCCAUUAUGAGGAAAGCAAUGAAAGAUAGAUAAAUACCUCAUUUUACAUUCCACAAUGUGCUUUAUCAGCUCAAAUGAUGUCAUUUCCUUUGAGUCAUUUCAAUGUUAUGACUGUGUGGAUAUUAAAAAAUACAGACACACAGUAAAGGGGUUGAUGUAAAGGUUUGGGGAAAGAAAGAAAUGUCUUGUCAGUUUUUCACAAAUUUUGACAAUUUUGUUUUGUUUAGAUUGCAAACUAUUCUAUAAAUGUUUCAUCAGGAUUUGAAUGGACCUGUGGGACGAACCAGCGAUCAAUGAAAUCAGUGAUCAUCAAUGUAAAUAAUUUUCAAAUACAAUUGGGAAAAAAAGGAAGGUUACAAUAUAUCUUUUUUUACAACACACAUACAAUAAUGUGCAAAAGUCAGACCCUUCAAUAUUUUAAUUUCCAAGAACAAGUUAGAAUAAAUUUUAAGUACAAGUUAUUCAUUUUUCAAAGCCAAGAAAAAAACAGAAAACAUUUAACAGAACAACAACUAAAUAAAGUAAAUCUAAUAUCAGGUGUAUGAGGGUUCAGAGUGUCACUCUUUGCGUUUAUUACAGCUUCCAUUCUUUUCAGGAGACUCACUUUCAGUUUCUCAAAGAAAUCUGCAGACACACCUCCAAAGUUCAGUCUUAGAAGCUGGUUUAGCACUUUCGGCUUCUCAAGUUAAGUCAAAGUUUAUUUAUACAACGCUUUGUACAGCAGACGUUGUCAUUCCAAUCAUAAAUUGUGACUUAUCAGUUGGUAAAACCUCACUCCACAUGUCAGAUUUGCAGUUUCAGAGUUGCAAAUAUUCCUCUUUGUUUAUUUCCUUUUCUCAGUAAAGGCUCAAUUAAUCUUGUCAGAACUUUUACGGCCAUUUUGAUUGGAAAUUAAAUACGUGAAGGGUGGUUUCUCACUUUUGCACAGUACUAAAUACAUACAUAUGUAAUAUAAAUAUUUUAUGAUUGUCUUACUUUCAUAUAAUAAGUUUGGUCCAGGAUGCAUACUCACGACAGUACAUUCAGACUGAGACAAAAAAUAAUAUGCAAAAUAUACAACACAAAUAAUGUGAAAAGUAAAAUUGCAAUAAACGAAAUGACUAAUGUAAAGUGGUUAACUCAGUGCAUGAACUUUGUAUACAUGUGAUCUAUAAAGCUAGCCAUUGCAUACAAAUUUAAAAAACUUUGGCAUAACUUUUAUA